AAUUACAUGAAACAAUUGAAUUAAUUAAAAUAAUUAUAAAAGAAUUCCACGAAACAUAUGAAACAUUUAAAACAAUUGUAAAAGAAAUUUUAAACAUUUUCAGUUACCAUGGAGAUUUAAGAUUAUUUGAAACAUCAGAACCUAUUCAU